AUGGUGGCGGAGCCGUUAUUUUGCGACUACGAUCAAAUGCAAUCGGAGCCGUCAACAUCAUUCCGGGUUGAGUCAUCUCGGAUUUUCGAUGAGUUGCCGGAAGCCACCAUUGUCUCCGUCUCUCGUCCAGACGCCGCCGAUAUCAGCCCCAUGCUCCUCAAAUACACUAUUGAGUUUCAUUACAAACAGUUCAAGUGGCAGCUGGUGAAGAAAGCUUCUCAAGUAAUUUAUUUGCAUUUUACAUUAAAGAAACGCGCCUUCAUUGAGGAGAUUCAUGAGAAGCAAGAACAAGUUAAAGAAUGGCUUCAAAAUAUAGGAAUAGGAGAUCAGACUCCUAUGUUGCAAGAUGAUGAUGAAGCUGAUGAUGAAAGCAUUCCUUUAUAUAAUCAUGAUGAGAGUGCUAAAGACAGAGAUGUUCCAUCUAGUGCUGCUCUACCAAUUAUGCGGCCAGCCUUAGGAAGACAACAUUCAAUAUCAGGCAGGGCAAAGAUUGCUAUGCAAGGGUAUCUGAAUCACUUUUUGGGAAAUAUCAGUAUUGUUAACUCUCCAGAGGUUUGCAAGUUUUUGGAGGUAUCAAAGUUAUCUUUUUCACCAGAAUAUGGCUCUAAGCUGAAGGAAGAAUACGUGAUGGUGAUGCAUCUGGCUAAAAUUGCAAAGGAUGAUGAUUCCAGAAAGUGUUGUAUGUCAGACUGUUUUAGUUGUUGUAAUGAUAACUGGCAAAAGGUUUGGGCUGUACUAAAACCUGGAUUCUUGGCAUUGCUGGCAGAUCCUUUUGAUGUGCAACCUUUAGACAUUAUUGUUUUUGAUGUACUACCUACCUCAGAUGGGAUUGGGCAUGGUCCUCUAGUAGCAAAGGAAACAAAGGAACGGAAUCCUUUACGCCAUUCAUUCAAUGUCAUUUGUGGAAACCGGAGCAUUAAUGUUAGAGUGAAAAGUAGUGGUAAAGUUAAAGAUUGGGUUGCUGCAAUUAAUGAUGCUGGACUUAGGCGUUCUGAAGGAUGGUGUCAUCCCCACCGCUAUGGUUCUUUUGCUCCUCCAAGAGGCUUAAUCGAAGAUGGUUGUCAGGCUCAGUGGUUUAUAGAUGGACGAGCUGCAUUUGAGGCCAUUGCUUCUUCAAUUAAGGAUGCAAAAUCAGAGAUAUUUAUUUGUGGCUGGUGGGUGUGCCCAGAACUGUAUCUACAACGUCCUUUUCACACUCAUGCUACAUCAAGGCUUGAUAAUUUGCUGGAAGAAAAAGCUAAGCAAGGGGUUCAGAUUUACAUUCUUCUAUACAAAGAGGUGGCACUUGCUUUGAAAAUCAACAGUUUUUAUAGCAUGAAAAAGCUUCUUAGCAUUCAUGAGAAUGUGAGGGUAUUGCGUUAUCCUGACCACUUUUCUACUGGUGUUUACCUGUGGUCGCACCAUGAAAAACUUGUCAUUGUUGAUCACCAGAUUUGCUUUAUUGGAGGACUGGAUUUGUGCUUUGGUCGUUAUGACACAUGUGAACAUAAAGUGGGGGAUUCCCCUCCUCUGAUUUGGCCUGGAAAGGACUAUUAUAACCCUAGGGAAUCUGAACCAAAUUCGUGGGAAGAUACAAUGAAAGAUGAAUUGGAACGUGGAAAAUAUCCUCGUAUGCCUUGGCACGAUGUUCAUUGUGCUCUUUGGGGGCCACCUUGUCGUGACAUAACGAGGCACUUUGUUCAAAGAUGGAAUUAUGCUAAGAGGAACAAAGCUCCAAAUGAGCAAGCAAUACCAUUACUUAUUCCUCGGCAUCAUAUGGUUAUUCCACAUUACAUGGGAAGCAGCAGAGAGGUGCAGAUUGAAAGCAAGAAUACUGACAAUUAUAGAGCCAUCAAGAGGGAAGAUUCCUUUUCCUCAUCAUCCCAAGAUAUUCCUCUACUUUUGCCUCAGGAGUCUGGUGGGCUAGAUACUUCUGAAGGAGACCAAAAAUUUAAUGGAUUAAGCUCCUUUUCACAUCACCUUGACCUGCCGAGCAGGGUCAGCAGUGGUCUUCUCUAUUCAUUCUGGAAGGCCAAAAUUGAACCAGUAGGUCCAGAAACACCAAUGAAGCCUUUUGUAGACAAUCUUGAUGGUGUGGAUUAUCAAGGGAAAAUGUCUUUAGAUAGAGUGUCUCAUGUUGAUAUACAAAGUAUAGAUCCAGAAUGGUGGAAAACACCAGAGCGUGGUAAUCAUGGAGGUUUUGCAGAUGAAUCGGGGCAAGUUGGUCCUCGUGUUUCCUGCCGUUGUCAGGUUAUUAGGAGUGUCAGUCAAUGGUCUGCUGGAACAAGCCAAACCGAAGAGAGCAUCCACAAUGCUUAUUGCUCUCUUAUUGAGAAAGCAGAAUACUUUAUCUACAUCGAGAAUCAAUUUUUUAUCUCAGGUCUUUCAAGAGAUGAGAAAAUACGAAAUCGUGUGUUAGAAGCUUUAUAUCAACGGAUUAUGCGAGCUUACAAUGAUAAAAAACCUUUUAGGGUUAUAAUUGUCAUACCUCUCCUGCCUGGCUUCCAGGGGGGCCUGGAUGAUAGUGGUGCAGCAUCUGUGAGAGCCAUAAUGCAUUGGCAGUAUCGAACCAUUUGUAGAGGACAGAAUUCUAUAUUACAUAAUCUUUAUGAAUUUCUUGGUCCAAGAAUGCAUGAUUACAUAUCUUUCUACGGCCUCAGGUCCUAUGGUAGACUCUUUAAUGGUGGUCCUAUGGCAACCAGCCAGGUGUACGUUCAUAGUAAAAUCAUGAUUGUUGAUGAUCGUACAUGUUUGAUUGGAUCUGCUAAUAUUAAUGAUAGGAGUUUACUUGGCUCCAGAGAUUCUGAGAUUGGUAUGAUUAUAGAAGAUGGAGAGUUGAUUGGGUCUUUUAUGGAUGGAAAGCCUUGGAAGGCAGGAAAGUUCUCCUUGACUCUCCGAUUGUCAUUAUGGUCUGAGCAUUUAGGUCUCCGAGCAGGAGAGAUCAAUCAAAUAAUGGACCCAGUCAUUGAGUCUACUUACAGGGAUAUUUGGAUGGCAACAGCAAAGACAAACACUACAAUUUACCAGGAUGUCUUUUCUUGCGUACCUAAUGAUCUGAUACACACCAGAUUUUCUUUCAGACAAAGCGUAGCUUUUUGGAAAGAAAAAAUAGGUCAUACAACCAUUGAUUUAGGAAUAGCCCCAAAAAAGUUAGAAAGUGAUCAUAAUAGAGGUGGAGAGUACAUCGACCCCUUGGAGAGAUUAGCUUCAGUGAGGGGUUAUCUUGUUUCUUUUCCCCUGGAGUUCAUGAGUUUAGAAAAUCUAAGACCUGCUUUUAAUGAGAGCGAGUACUACGCUGCUCAUGUUUUCCAUUGAAUAUGAUAAAACAUCAUUAGAGAAAUUUUUCCACACGAGGUUUGUAAUUUAUUACAUUCAGAAUUUCUUUUUAUUACAAUUCUUCAAGAGUAA